AUGCGUUGCGAAGAGUGUGAAAGCGAGAACCUUCAACUUGAUGAAGUAACAUGCCAUUACGUUUGCCAAGACUGCUUUCUAGUUACAAAUUAUACGGAGGGCUUAGUUUAUGAUGAAGCUCCAGUUGGUUCUAGACCCAUCGGUCUUCGUCGAUUUGGUACUCAACAAUCGACAGUAGAUUUGCAAAGUCAAAAAAUUACGACUGCGGCCAAAAACGCUGCAAGCCAGCCCAUGGAAGUUGAUGCCUCACAGUGCGACGCACCCCAGACUUUCACUGGCAUUGUCCAUCGCAAAUGGCGCAUGAGUGAAGCCAUUAAUCUUAUCUUCAAAACAACUGCACAGAGAUUUAAUAAUGAAUUUCUCAUGCCUGCUCCAAAUUGCUACCAGCAAGCUUCGCAAGAGUUCAUGGUUUCAGUCGAUAAGCAUUGGAAGACUUACUUGCAAAUAAUCGGUGAGAUAGGCAAAGUGAACUGGGCAGUGGGCUUUCGAAAAGCUGUGCAAGCAAUUGAAAAGAGCCUGGAUUCACGUAAGGCCUACAUUGAAGCAUGUGCAAGAGGCGGACGUAGUGUCCCUAGUAGAGUUCUACCUCUUGUAAAAUCUGAAAAAGACGUGGAGUUGACCGAAACGACAGAGAAAAGGUCGGAAGACGAGGUCAUUACAAAGCAUCGUGAUGUUCUUCGUGUCUUUAGACACCUUGUGAAUCCUGGAGUUGUCUGGACUGGAAUGAAUAAAGAUCAAGGCACUGAGGUAAAUGAGACGUCAACAACAUCGGAGGAGUCAAGACCACCAAGAAAACGUGCGCGCAAAAUUCGCCCUUCUUCUCCUAAGAUUUCUAAAACAGCCGAGAAUAUCUUCGAUAUUGAGUAUAAUGAGAAAGAAGGAGACAAGGAGAGGAAGAUCGAAGAUAAACUGGCAAAAUUGGAGCCCUUUACUCAAAUCACCGAUAUCACUAAGCUUUCCGAGGUCUAUGAUGAGUUGGUUAAAUGGAUGCGACUGAUUCCUCUGACCAAGAUGGAUUUCUCCUUUAAGCAAUGGUUUUUCCGCGGCACAGUGGGACAAUUACCAGAGAACAGGCUUAUGGAGUAUAAUUUGGGCCUUAUAUACCUCAGCGUGAUGGAUAUGCUCACGAAGACACGAGUUAUACACUUUUCUGAGCAAGAUACUAAAUGCUUCCCUAUUUAUAUACAUGAGUACUUUUCAAUGCAAGAUUUAGCUACAAUGUGCAAAAUCAAGGAUAUUCCUUAUCUUAAGGCUGAUGAGUUAGUUAUUCAACACUUAAGUUGGAAUAAUUUUGCCAUCCAAUCUGUCUUUGAUCGACGACGUGUACCCGACCCAAAUGUUCUCUCCAAAGUUACAAAUCAAUUGAUUCAUAUGAUUGGAUAUUCUAUGCGUCCAAGGUUGCCCCUUUGCCAAAUGGUGCAUCGGUAUCUUCGAUGGAUGGGUCUCCCAUAUGAUAUUCAUUUGCUGGCCGAUAACUGGAUUCGUAGGUUAUCGUUUCGAGUACGUGAGGAAGUCGAGGACAGGGAGGCUGGAAUGCACUUCUACCUUCCCCUCCAACGCUACUUGCGAGCUGAAGUCUUUGCGAUGGCUAUUGUUGUCCUUUCUGUACGCUCUAUGUUCAAAUUGGAUGGUGUAUAUGAGUCCUGUUUCUCCAAAGUGUCGGCCUUCUUGUCCGAGAGUCCAAAAAUAAGCAAAAAUCUAGAGAAUCUUCUCAAAGAGAAACGUGGGGGCAUACAGUCUACGUUAGGAACAAACAUCGCUAGCAAGCCUUUCUUCUACUUGGAGUGGGCAAGUAAUUUUACCAGUUGCACGAAAAUUGGGAUGAAGCAACACACACGCGUUAAAAAUGAGGCUGAUGCUCCAAUUCAUUCGGCGCUUCUUUUCCGCGACCUAUAUCGCCAAGCUACGACCACAGAGGAAUUCUUGGGACCGGAUGCCGACUUUAAUCCCAUUACGGACUUGGGCUGGGGCGAGAAAACUAUGGGGAAGAUCCGCAGGGCUGCAUCAAAAGAAACAAAACUUAAGUUGAGCGAACCCUUGCAACAGCUGUGUGCAAAGUUUACCGAUUUCUCGGUGGACGAAGAUGAAAUAAAUAACAUCACGUCGGUCGAGGAAGUUCUACCAUCUCCCUGUAAAUCUUGCCAAGUGGCCCUGGAGCACAGAAUUUUCCAGGGCCUGGACAAUAUUCACCACGUCGCUCUCAAUGCAAAUCAUCAAACAUGGAGUGAAUUCAAUUGUGAUGUGGUCUGUGCGUCAUGGGAAUUCAUGCAUGAAAAUCAACUGACCGUCGAGACAUUCCUUGAAAUGGUGGUCAAGCAAGAGGAGAAGACUCCUGAGUUGGAGGAGAUCAUCAAGGCAAGGCUAGAGAGAAGAGACUGGUCAUAUUUACUCUCACAUUAUAAGCGCUACGACCCAAUACACACUUGCCGAUUCUCCGUAGAAAAUGACCGACGUAAACUAAAUACUUUUGCUCUUCCAGAUCCAGUGCUAGAUUUUCUGAUUUAUCAUAAUAAUCGAAUGCGAAAGUUGAUGGCAGGUGAACCUGUGGAUCCGAGUGCCUUGGUCAAUGUUUACACAGACCGCAAAUCUGGUGAAGAUGAGAAGACCCGGGGGAAACUAAGCGAUGCUUCCGCUUCUUUGAAUUGGCUGAUUGAGCUGGCUAGUGUAAUAUGUGGAGCAACUUUUCAGCAAUUGCUGGAAGAGAUAAAAUGUAUAGAGAAGUUACUCAAAUAUGGCCCCCCAAUUACCACGAGGGGCACAAAGAAACUGGAAGAUCUUGCUAUGGCUUAUCAUUUCAACUAUGACAUUGCUCCAGCCUUUAAUUUGAAGAAAUAA